AUGGGUUUCGGAAGUCCAGGUACCGGCGCGACAAAUUACAAGCCCUCUCCACCGGAACGUGGAAGCUUUCCUCUUGACCAUGAAGGAGAAUGCAAACACCUUAUCCGAAACUACCUGAAAUGCCUCAAGACCAAAGGCGGCGUCAACGACCCGGACUGUCGAUUGAUGGCCAAGGAUUACCUGGGCUGCCGGAUGGAAAAGAAUCUCAUGGCGCCGGAUGAUUUCAAGAAUCUCGGGCUUAUUUUCGAGAAGCAGGAGAGUCAGGGGAGGGAUAGUGCGGGGACUGGGUCUGGGGAGAACGGGGGACCGAAGGCUUGA